UUUAACAUCAACAUUAACAAGGCUUAGUCUUUACCGCAGCGGCCCCAGCGGACCUUUUUCUGUAUGUCGUCUUCCCUAUCUUUCCUGCCAUUAUCUACAUCUUCCGGGGUGUUACACCACUGACGGUUUUUUCUAAACUUUUCCUCAUUGGACAGUGGAGUUUGAAUUACGUAUCGAAUUACAUACUUCAAACUAUUUUUUACUGAAAGUAAUUUCGUUAACCACACUAACAUUUUGCAUUUUGUCUGUAUUACAUUCUUCCAUCUCUGCUUACAGGUUUUUAUGCAACAUGAUAGAAAAGUCAUCAGUGAAAUGUAGUGGAGAAAAUAUUUAGUGCGCACAGGAUAUGGACUGCCGGACCUUUACAGUGUGACUCGCGGCGGGAGUUAGUGGGAAGGCGGCGGCGUGGUCAUAUCAUCGGUAAAUAUUUCAUUUGAAACGAAGCAGCGAUGUCUUCGGUUCAGUAUCUGAAAGAGUUCAUCAACCAGCGACUAACUGCUGCUGCUGAGGAGAUAUUCAGAGUCUUUGAAAAAACCAUCGUCGAGUUCGAAGAAGAGGUCGACCGUCAGCGCAGACUGCUGGAUAUCGUUUUGAAACCUGAGAUAAAGUUACACAGGAUAGAUCUCCCACAGCAGCAUGUCUGUAAGGAGGAGGAGGUUCUCACUGACCAGCAGCUCUGUAACCAGGAGAGGAACUCCAGUCUGGACCAAGAGGACCCAGAACCACCACAGAUUAAAGAGGAACAGGAGGAAAUCUGCAGCAGUCAGGAGGGAGAGCAGCUUGUACUGAAGCAGGAGACUGAUACCUUAAUGUUGACACCCGGUUGUGAAGAAAGUGACUCCUGUAAACUAGAACCAGACAGUGACCACCAGCUCCUCUCUCACAACUCUCCUGUAGCUGAGAGCCAAGAUCAGGAAGGAAGCAAACAUGUGGACUUAGGGGACGGAUGUAGAACUGAGUUGUUGGUGCACGCGAGAACUCACUCGGGUGAGAAACCACAUUCUUGCAAAACAUGUGGGAAAAGUUUUGUGCGCAAUAUUGACUUGAAAGUCCACAAAAGAACUCAUACAGGUGAGAAGCCACUCUCCUGCAACACCUGUGGGAGAAGAUUUGGUGACAAUUCAACAUUAAAAAGGCAUAUAAGAAGUCACACAGGCGAGAAACCAUAUCAUUGUGAAACAUGUGGGAAAAGUUUUGCACGUAGUGGUGAGUUGAAAAUCCAUGUAAGAUCUCACACAGGUGAGAGGCCAUUUUCCUGUGAAACAUGUGGGAAAAGUUUUGCACGUAGUGGUGACUUGAGAAUCCAUAUAAGAAUUCACACGGGUGAGAAGCCGUACCUCUGCAACACCUGUGGGAAAAGAUUUCGUGACAGGUCGUCAUGUAAAAAGCAUAUGAAAACUCACAAAGGUAAAAAGCCAUUGUCCUCUAACCUCAACCUCAGUUUGGCUCCGCAUACAACAGCCUUGUGUUUUCCACAUGUGUGAGAGCAUUCAGUUGUGGUGUUUGCAGGAAUUCCAUUUGCAACAGUAUUUCUUUGAAAUACUUGUAAUCCCCCAAUCUUGGGAAAAAACACUGAGUGUAUAACUCUCGCAAAUGUAAAUGUCUGACUUAUUGAAUGAUACUUAUUUUCCUAAUUUUAAACAAACUACCUUAUGUUCAUGAUGUUGAUGCUGAGAAAGCCUCUAGUGCUGUUAUGUCACUUAAGUUGUCAUCCUGCCAACUAAAGCCUUUUCUUUUUUGUCUAGAACAUGUUCUUUACUUUUAUAUAUUUGUGAAUCUUUGAUCACAUCAACUUGAUAAAUAUUUUUGUUGUUUGAGGUUUCAUAAGUUGUAGAAGAUGUUCUAUGUGGUUUUAUAAGAGGUUCUAUAGAAAUAAACAAACUUCUAAGACAGAAUUUUGACAGGACAAAGGAAAGUGGACAA